UUGUUUUAAUUUUAAAGGUUUUUUAAUACUUUGAUUUAAAUUGCUGCAACAUUCAACAAUAAUUUGAGAUGAGCAGCAGGUGGCAGCAGCUACUUGAGUCCGACAGUCAGCCGCACGUUCGAAUCAGCUGUCGCCUGUCACACAGUCUGCUACUGCCUUGUAAACAUCGAAGCGCAUACACAACACUGAGAAAUAUUCGUACGCAGUCAUGUCUCGACCAUUCCGUUCCUGUGGUUUCAUCAUUUUCCGACGAGUUUUGCCAAAUGUCGAGUACCUGUUGAUGCAGGCGUCGUACGGCCAACACAACUGGACACCGCCAAAAGGUUUUGUCGAUCCUGGAGAAAAUGACAUGCAAACUGCUUAUCGCGAGACUCAGGAGGAAGCCGGCUUCUCGAGAGAAGAUUUGAAGGUUUACGAGGACUGUAAACUGGAACUAAAGUACGAAGUCGGAGGCAAGAUGAAAACCGUGAUUUAUUGGCUGGCCGAGCUGCUCGACAAAUCCAAAGAUGUGCAAAUGUCAAGGGAGCAUCAGGAUUACAAGUGGCUUCGAUUGGCGGAGGCCUGCGAGUUAUCCGGCUACAAGGACAUGCAAGCCGCGCUGAAAAGCUGCGACGAUUACAUAUCGAAAAGUGUACUCUAGCUUUCUUACAAAUUUUAGGACUGUUGACUCCCAGUAUUCAAGUACAAACCUUUAAUA